AUGGCAACAGUCAACGUCAACCUCGAGGGUGUCGUAUACACGAACCUCGAGACUCCAACGCCUCUGAUCCCGAAUUACGCCUACCCUCAAUUCAAACAAGAGGCUAAACCAGAAAACACCGCUAAGAAUGUCGUGGGUACGUUAGUCGGAAGACAACAAGGCCAAGGAGCUGAAAUUAAGUUCCCGAACGAGGCGAUCGAGAAUAACAGUGAGACUCCAACCUCGACAACCUCGACGCACACAUUUAGCAUUGUCACCAGAGGUUUCGUUGUUGCUACUUUCACGGCUGUCGGAACUGUCGUCAGUCCUCCACGUGGUGUUCCACAACCUUCUCAUAUCCUGCCUCCAUGGGAAAUCAUCUUGAUCUUCCUUUCGUCAGCUUUCGUUUGCUUCAUACUUUUCCGGGCUUUAUAUCAUAGCCGACGCUUGGAGAUGAUGAUUCAAAAGGAGGACGAUGCAAAUGGAAUUGUUCAUCCCAUUAUUGGCAAUGACGAAACUAGCAACGGCCAGUACGAAAAUACAGUAGAAAUGAAGAAUGUCUCGGUCGAUAUUCCUUCCACGGAUAAAACUAGGACACAUUCUGUGGCUCCAAAACUGACAACAAAAUACAUCCCAAAGGACACCAAGGCUGAAAGUGACAAAGGUGAUGUAAAGCUCCUAAAGAGUCACAAAAAUUGA